CUCGACCGUACCAAAUUAGCAGCAAGAUGGCUUGGGUAACAAUAUUCCACUGCACUGAUUUCGAUUGGAGACACUAACCCGACCACAAGCCGGUUCAAUUCGUAGCCAUCAUCUGGUCUAGGUUAUUCUUCUUGUUCAAUCCUUCGCCCAUUCUUCCUUAGCUUGCUUCAACGCACUUCUCACUUCUCAAUCAACCUCCACUGCACCAUAUCUAAAAACUACAUAAAUUGCCGAAGAUUUUGCUUGAAAUUGCAAAGGUAGAAGAUGGUAAUAAACUAAUAAUGUAAGAUUAUACGUACGUGUACAAAGUGUAAUACUCAUCUGCAGACUCAAUGGCUAGCCGAAAGUUAGUUCGAGAUCUUUUGUUCUCCACAAGACAACCCUUUUUUCAUAAGCUAUUAGAGCCUCAUCAGGGAUAUAGAUAUGAGGGCAAUCGACAACUCAGUGUAUUCAAUGAGUUUUCUCAGAAAUUAAAAGGCAAUGUUAACAGUAACAAGGAAUUUCAACAGUCAGUCAAGGAUCUGAAAGAGAAAGCAGAGGAGCUGAAAGGAGUCAAAGAAGAUCUUAAAGCAAGAACAAAGCAGACUACUGAGAAACUUUACAAGCGUGUGGAUGGUGUCUGGACAGAGGCUGAGUGUACGGCUAAAAAGGCAUAUGCUAACAUGGGGCAAAAAGUGUCUGCUGCCAAGGAAGAGGUCAAAGAAACUUUUGGAUUUGGGAAGCAAGAGUCUAAAGGGUCAAAUUGUAGUUUUGACUCUUCCAGCUCAAAACCCAAAGAUGAAACAGUCUAUGGAAAGUUUAAGGAUGCUGCUUCUUCAAUUUCUUCAAAGGUCUUGCCAUCCAUACAAAAAUUAAAGGAAGCAAAAGUAGUUGAUUUAGCUAAGAAAGGGUAUGGUAUUAUCGCGGAUGAGUUGAAAGGUACUGCAAGAAAGAGGAAACACCUUGAAGCCCCCAUAGAGUCCGGCCCCAAAGUGAGCGUUCAGCAUAGCACAAGGACCGAUGUCACUAUUUUGCCCUCAAAAGAAUCCAUAUGGAGUAGGAAAUGGGAAGCUUUCAAGGAAAAAAUGCAAGGUCACCGCAUCUUUAAGCACAUCAGGGGAGCAAGUGAACCCGUGGUUACAAAGAGUCAAGAGAUUGCAGAAGAUAUUCGGGAAAGAUGGGAGACCAGUGAUCAUCCUGUGGUAAACAAAAUCCAAGAUUUAAAUGAAACCGUCUUUGGGGAAUCAAGCGCUGCAUUGUCAUUUAAGGAAAUACGCCGGAGAGAUCCGACAUUCUCAUUACCAGAUUUUGUUUCUGAGGUCCAAGAAGUUAUCAGACCAGUCCUUGAGGCGUUUUAUAAAGGUGACAUCAAAGUACUUCAAAAAUAUUGUAGCUCUACGAUGGUUGAGAGGUGUAAAGCAGAGCAUAGGACUUUCAAGUCCCAGGGUUAUGUUUUUGAUAACAAAAUCCUUCAUAUUUCUGAAGCUGAAGUCCGUGAAACAAAAUUGAUGGGAGAAAUUCCUAUCAUCAUUUUAGCGUUCCAAACACAGCAGGUCUAUUGUCUACGCGAUAAGUUGGGUUCCAUAACUGAAGGGGGAAAGGAUGCAAUUCACACAGUGUACUAUGCAUGGGCAAUGGAACUUGUGGAUGCAGAAGAUGUUCAUCCUCCUCUAUGGCGGCUUAGAGAGAUGCAACAGUUUGGGGUCGCCGCCCUUAUCUAACACCAUUGUUGGUAUUCUUGUUGUUUACACCUCUUUAAGCUGUUGUAUUUUCUUUGAGUGGAGAAAAUUUUGGCGGAUAAACAUUUUUUUGUUCAUCAUAACUGAGCUGUUGAGUCCAGUUUGGGGGUAGCCAGCUAUUUGUAGGUAGUGGGGUCGAGUUCAAAUCCCUCCUUUUUGUCUCAGAUGUGAUGCGCCAAAGAGAAAACGAAUAAACUGAAGUCUCCAGUCUCUACUAUGCAUAUAGAUAAUUCAGGGGCAGGGGAGAGCUUUCAAGGUUAGUCGUAGGAGGGGAAGCCAAGGAAAUCACUUGAGAAGUAUGGACAAUUCAAAUUUGGUUCAGGUUAUUGUUUGAAAGUUAUAAAUUUGGAGAGAGACUAUGAAGAAAUUAUUAUUAAAAUCAUUCAAGAAGUAUGAAGAAUUCGAAUUGUUAAACUUAUAUUCAUUCUAAGGAUGAUUUUACUUGGACUGUAAUUCGUCCCGGGCCAGACCAGAUCAGACUAGACCAGUUCAGACUUCAGACCAGACCAGAUCAGACUUGGAUAGUUAUAAAAAUACAAAAAAUCAGACCAGUUCAGACCAGAUCAGACCGGAUAGCAAAUGUUUUUUUGUUAAAAAUUAAAAUGUGUUGUAAUUAGACUUAGACUCGGGUCGGGUGGCCCGACCAGGAACCGACCCGAGGCCGGUACUGUUCUGGCCCGACCCGAACCGGUGGGCCGGUCAGUGACCGGUCCGGGUAGGCCCGACCUGAUGGGUUUCCGGUAGGGAUGGAUUCGGUUCGGGCCACCCGGCCCGUGACCCGGCCCGACCCGGUACUGUGCGGGCCCGGGACCGGCCCGGUCGGGCGGUCCGGGACCGGGUAUGGGCCCG